AUGCGUGUCGCGGUUACGUCGGGGCCCAACACGUCCUGGUGGGCGUUGGCCAACGCGUCGGGGUGCCCCGGUUGUGGCGCCAACGCCUCGGACGGCAUGGACCCCAUGCCGCGGCUGCUGGACGCCUGGCUUGUGCCUCUGUUCUUUGCUGCGCUGAUGUUGCUCGGCUUGGCUGGGAACUCGCUGGUCAUCUACGUCAUCUGCCGCCACAAGCAGAUGCGAACGGUGACCAACUUCUACAUCGCCAACUUGGCGGCCACGGAUGUGACCUUCUUGCUGUGCUGCGUGCCUUUCACGGCCCUGCUCUAUCCGCUGCCCGCCUGGGUCCUGGGCGAUUUCAUGUGCAAGUUCGUCAACUACAUUCAGCAGGUCUCGGUGCAGGCCACGUGUGCCACCCUGACGGCCAUGAGCGUGGACCGCUGGUACGUGACGGUGUUUCCUCUGCGCGCCCUGCACCGCCGGACUCCUCGCCUUGCAUUGGCCGUCAGCCUCGGCAUCUGGGUGGGCUCAGCGGCAGUAUCUGCCCCGGUGCUCGCCCUGCACCGCCUCUCGCCAGGUCCGCCCACCUAUUGCAGCGAGGCAUUCCCCAGCCGCGCCCUCGAGCAAGCUUUCGCGCUCUACAACCUGCUGGCGCUCUACCUGUUGCCUUUGCUCGCCACCUGCGCCUGUUACGGGGCCAUGCUCCGCCAUCUGGGCCGCGCUGCCGUGCGCCCGGCGCCCACCGACGGUGCCCUGCAGGGCCAGCUGCUGGCCGAGCGCGCGGGUGCAGUACGUGCCAAGGUCUCACGGCUAGUGGCGGCGGUGGUCCUGCUCUUUGCUGCUUGCUGGGGCCCGAUCCAGCUGUUCCUGGUGCUGCAGGCACUUGGCCCAGCUGGCACCUGGCACCCUCGAAGCUACGCCGCCUAUGCGCUCAAGAUCUGGGCACACUGCAUGUCCUACAGCAACUCAGCCCUGAACCCGCUGCUCUAUGCGUUCCUGGGCUCCCAUUUCCGACAGGCCUUCCGCCGGGUGUGCCCCUGUGUCCCACGACGUCAGCGUCGACCCCGUGCGCCUGGACGCUUGGCCCCUGUCGCCCCCCAUGCGGAGCUGCACCACCUAGCCGCACAUCCUGCCCCUGCUAGAGUGCCUAAGCAGGGGAGCGGUGGAGCAAACAGGCUGUGUGUCCUGGGGGGACCCUCUGCCCCUCUCUGA